AAAAAGAACUCCCCUUGCCACAUAAUAAUCAAAACACCAGACCUGUACUGCUGUGCAUGCAUUCAUGAGGCCGCCUGCUCCUUUCCAUCCUGCCGAGCCCACCGAAGAGUCGCCAUGAGCAAGACCCACCCUCCUGAACUGAAGAAAUUUAUGGACAAGAAAUUAUCAUUGAAGUUAAAUGGUGGCAGACACAUACAAGGAAUACUACGGGGCUUUGAUCCCUUUAUGAAUCUUGUGAUUGACGAGUGUGUGGAGAUGGCAACUAGUGGACAACAGAAUAACAUCAGCAUGGUGGUCAUUUGA